GUAUGCAAACUAUGCGGAGUAUUAUGGCACUAUGGGCUGAGUUUGUAAGAAUGACAUUGGAUACGUCAGUGGAAAAUAAACCAUGCUAACAACUAUUAGCUGUGUUUCUUUACGCUCCAAAGGACAUUACAGUGGCGACGAGGAUUAAAAUAAUUAUAAUAAUAAUUAGUAGACAAUUAUAUCUUGUGCGCAAAUAGUGUCAAUAGUACUAUUUAAACGAUGUCGAUCGGUAAAGUACGGGAGUUUGACGUGCGGUCAGGGGUAUGGAGUUCUUAUAUAGACAGAUUGAACAUGUAUUUUAAAGUCAACAAAGUAACGGACGAUUUGAAAUUACCAACUUGAUUGCUACGAUGGGAGACGAGGCGUAUGAACUACUUGUAAAUCUCGCCAGUCCGAGUAAGCCGUCUGAAUUACAAUACGCCCAUGUAUGCGAACUGUUACGUCAGCAUUUACAGCCGACGCCAUCUUCGUUGGCGGAAAGAUACCGAUUCCGACAAAAACGUCAAGGAUCGGGAGAAGACAUAGCCAAUUUUGUUGCGGAAUUAAAGAAACUAUCGCGGGAUUGCAAAUUUAAAGAAAAAUUGAAUGAAAAUUUGCGCGAUCAAUUCAUAUGUGGUCUUAAUAGUGACGUCAUUCGGCAAAGGCUUUUUGCGGAAGAGGAUACAAUAACAUUCGCUGAGGCGGUUAAAUUAGCACAAUCCUUGGAGGCGGCGGAACGGGAUGCAGCAAUCGUGGAGUCAACCAAUGGGGCAGAGGCGAUGCAUGCGAUGAAACAAACGAGCAGUAAAGGUUGGGCGCGCAGAGGAGGAUCAUACAGUACACCAAGCAUGCGGACCAGAGCUGCGGGGGAACGCGCCGGCAGCGCAGGAGCAGGUGAGUUAGCAGCCGAGCCGAGGGCGUCUGUUCGACAGUACGGAGAGCCGAGGGCGUCUGUUCGCCAGUACGGAGAGCCGAGGGCGUCUGUUCGUCAGUACGGAGAGCCGAGGGCGUCUGUUCGCCAGUACGGAGAGCCGAGGGCGUCUGUUCGUCAGUACGGGAAAUGUACGGCAUGCGGAAGGACGUCCCAUUCCUUCACCGUUUGUCGAUUCCGGAACUUCACUUGCAGCAAGUGCCACCGAGUUGGUCAUUUGCGACGGGUGUGUCCCGCGGAAAAUGCGGAUUCGGCCCAAAUGUCGCAGGAGUGCACCUACUUUGGAGGAGCAGAAGCUGGAGAGUUUUCGGACAACGAAUAUGACGUCAUUCACAACAGUAGCAGAGAGGAGGAUGAAAACAUCGAGGAGCAAUUAAAUCUCUUAGCGUUAAAUAAUUAUAAGGCAAUAUAAAGAAGUAUUUAGUGACGGGCUGGGACGGUACACGGGCGGAAGGGCGACGUUGCGGGUGCGAGAGGGGGCGGCGCCGAUAUAUCAUCGUGCGCGGCCGCUGCCGUAUGCACUGCGCGAGCGCGUCGACGCGGAGUUGGACCGUAUGCUACGCGACGGCGUCAUCGAGCCCAUCGAAUGCUCCGACUGGGCCUCUCCUCUGGUGC